UUAAAUUCCCGUUUCCUUGCAGCAGCAGCAGCAGCUCGUCAGAGUCACAGGUCAACGGUGAAACGCUCCAUGUCUGCUUAUGUUUGUAACCACAGCAGGUCAGAAGAAGAAGAAGGAGAAGAAGAAGGAGGAGGAGGAGGAGGACGCAGCAGAGACUCUGUGAAGGCUUCAGGCGACGCUCUUUGCUCUUCAUCAUGCUCUCACUACAGUCAUGAGUGUCUCGCUUGUGCCUUUUGUGUUUCCUGCUGAAGCUUUUUGAGUUUGACUAGAACCAGCAGCAGCAGCAGCAGCAGCAGUUCACUGACUGUGACUGUGACCGUUCAUCUGCCACAGAGACACAGACAAAACCCUCCGAAAUAAUAAUAAUUAUAUAAUAAUAAACCAAUAAAGAGGAGAAUGCAGCUGGACUGGACUGCAGCUCAAGUCUCGCACUGAUUUGGUUCAAAGUCAACCUUUGAGCUUUUGUUCUCGGACCCUAGAGAAGAAGAAGAAGAAGAAGAAGAAGCAGCAGCAGCAGCGGAGGAAAAAGAAGAGUACGAUCAUCACCGAGUGUCCCCGACGCUCCGGAACACUGAGGACACCAUGUCAUCUACGAGGUACAAGAAGGACAAGGAGAUCAUCGCGGACUAUGAGACCCAAGUGAAAGAGAUCCGUAACCAGCUGGUGGAGCAGUUCAAAUGCCUGGAGCAGCAGUCGGAGUCUCGUAUCCAGCUGCUGCAGGACCUGCAGGAGUUCUUUCGCCGCAAAGCCGAGAUCGAGCUGGAGUACUCUCGCAGUUUAGAGAAACUCGCCGAGAGGUUCUCCUCCAAGAUCCGCAGCUCGAGGGAACAUCAGCAGUUCAAGAAAGACCAGCACCUGCUGUCCUCGGUAAACUGCUGGUACCUGGUGCUGAACCAGACGAGGCGUGACAGCCGUGACCACGCCACGCUCGGUGACAUCUACACCAACAAUGUCAUCCUCCGUCUGGCCCAGAUCAGCGAGGAUGUCAUCCGCCUGUUUAAGAAGAGCAAGGACAUUGGGAUCCAGAUGCACGAGGAGCUGGUGAAAGUGACAAAUGAACUCUAUACUGUGAUGAAAACGUACCACAUGUACCACACCGAGAGCAUCAGUGCGGAGAGCAAGCUGAAGGACGCAGAGAAGCAGGAGGAGAAGCAGUUCAGCAAGUCGGGAGACCUCAACGUCAACCUCCUGCGUCACGAGGACCGACAGCCGAGACGAAGCACCGUCAGGAAGAUUGAGAAGAUGAAGGAGAAGAGACAAGCCAAGUACUCGGAGAAUAAGCUGAAAUGCACAAAAGCCCGGAACGACUAUUUGUUGAACCUGGCAGCGACAAACGCCGUGGUGGCAAAAUAUUACAUCCACGACGUCUCUGAUAUGAUCGAUUGCUGUGACCUUGGCUACCACGCCAGCCUGGCUCGCACCUUCAGGACGUAUCUAUCUGCCGAAUACAACUUGGAGACAUCGCGCCACGAGGGGCUGGACAUCAUCGAGAACGCCGUGGACAACCUGGACUCCCGCAGCGACAAGCACAAGAUCAUGGACAUGCACAACCAGGUGUUCUGCCCUCCGAUGCGCUUCGAAUACCUGCCGCACAUGGGAGACGAGGUGUGCCAGGUGAGCGCCCAGCAGCCUGUGCAGACUGAACUCCUGAUGCGCUACCACCAACUGCAGUCCCGCUUAACCACCCUGAAGAUUGAAAAUGAGGAGGUGAGAAAGACCUUGGACGCCACCAUGCAGACGAUGCAGGACAUGUUGACGGUGGAGGACUUUGACGUUUCGGACGCGUUCCAGCACAGCCGCUCCACCGAGUCCAUCAAGUCCGUGGCCUCUGAGUCCUACAUGAGCAAGAUGAAUGUGGCCAAGCGGAGGUCGAACCAGCAGGAGACGGAGAUGUUCUACUUCUCAAAAUUCAAAGAGUACCUGAAUGGCAGCAACCUCAUCAUUAAGCUGCAGGCCAAGCAUGACCUUCUGAAGCAGACUCUGGGCGAAGGAGAACGAGCCGAGUGUGGAACGACAAGGCCACCUACCCUUCCCCCUAAACCACAGAAAAUGCGGAAGCCUAGGCCACGCUCCGUUUAUAACCAUAAGCUGUUUAAUGGCAAUAUGGAGACCUUCAUCAAGGAUUCAGGUCAACCGAUUCCACUUGUUGUUGAAAGCUGUGUCCGACACAUCAAUUUAUACGGUUUGCAGCAGCAAGGUAUAUUCCGUGUGCCGGGAUCACAGGUGGAGGUGAAUGACAUCAAAAACUCAUUUGAGAGAGGUGAAGACCCUUUGAUUGACGACCAGAAUGAGCACGAUAUAAACUCAGUGGCAGGAGUGUUGAAGCUGUACUUCAGAGGCCUGGAGAACCCUCUCUUCCCAAAGGAGCGUUUCCUGGACUUCAUAUCGACCAUCAAGCUGGAGUCCGGAGCGGAGCGAGCGCAUCACAUCCAGCAGAUCGUCGUGGCUCUUCCUCGGACCGUCAUCAUCGUCAUGAGAUACUUGUUUGCCUUCCUCAAUCAUCUCUCCCAGUACAGCGAUGAGAACAUGAUGGAUCCGUACAAUUUGGCGAUCUGCUUUGGUCCGACCUUGAUGCCCAUCCCCGAUGGCCAGGAUCCCGUCGUGUGCCAGGCGCAGGUCAACGAGGUCAUCAAGACCAUCAUCAUCCACAAUGAAGUCAUCUUUCCAAGUCAGCGGGAGCUGGAUGGUCCCGUGUACGAGAAGUGCAUGACUGGGGGGGAGGAGUACUGUGACAGUCCUCACAGUGAACCGGGAACUAUCGACGAGGCCGAUAAUGGCACUGAACCACACACCAGUGAUGAAGAGGUCGAACAGAUCGAGGCCAUUGCCAAGUUUGACUAUGUGGGACGCACUCCCAGGGAGUUGUCCUUCAAGAAGGGAGCGUCUCUUCUUCUGUAUCACAGGGCGUCAGAGGACUGGUGGGAGGGGCGUCACAAUGGCGUCGAUGGUCUCAUUCCACACCAGUACAUCGUCGUUCAGGACCUUGACGACGCGUUCUCAGAUAACCUCAGCCAGAAAGCAGACAGCGAGGCCAGUAGUGGACCACUGCUGGAUGAUAAGGCCUCAACUAAGAAUGAUGUCCCAUCACCAUGUGAACAAUCAUCAGAUUACAACUUCGGAGGGGUCAUGGGGAGGGUACGGUUACGAUCCGACGGAGCCGCCGUCCCGCGUCACCGCAGCGGUGCGGACACGCACAGUCCCACUCGAGUGACGGACACCCCGCCGCGGGCCGCGGCCUGUCCCAGCAGCCCCCACAAGAUGUCCAUAAGCAAGGGUCGCAUCGAGAGCCCGGAGAAGCGGCGCCUCGGUACCUUCGGCAGUGCGGGGAGCAUCAACUACCUGGAGAGGAAGGCUUAUCCCGAGGGCCACCCACUGAGACCAGUUCCAGGAGCCACUCGUCACAGCAGCCUCGGGGACCACAAAUCACUGGAGACUGAGGCCCUCGCUGAGGACAUAGAGAAGACGAUGACCACAGCGCUCCAUGAGCUACGUGAGCUGGAGCGACAGAACACCGCGAAGCAGGCUCCCGACGUGGUCUUGGACACCCUGGAGCCCAUGAAGAACCCGGUCAGCUCGGAGCCCGGCAGCCCACUGCACACCAUCAUGAUCCGCGAUCCGGACGCGGCCAUGCGCCGCAGCAGCAGCUCCACCUCUGAGAUGAUGACCACCUUCAAACCGGCGCUCUCCGCCCGCCUGGCCGGCGCGCAGCUCCGCCCCCCUCCCAUGCGGCCGGUGCGUCCUCCUCCGACGGCGCACCGCUCCAGCAGCUCCAGCUCCUCGGGGGUCGGCAGUCCCGCCGUGACUCCCACCGAGAAGAUGUUCCCGAGUAACAAUACGCCGACUGCUUCCAAUGUGAACGCGCCUGGCGAUGCUGCGGAUAAAUCUGGGACCAUGUAGCAAAGGUGGAAUCUGCCCGGCGAUGACUGAUGUGUUAAAGAAGCAGAUAUAAAUAUUCCCCCCUCCCCUGUUUUCUGCCUGACUUCAUUCAUAUUCAGGAAGCUCCUGAAGCGAGCCUACAAGAUGUUGCCAUGGCGAUAGCGGCGGGAGAAGCUGUAGAGGUGCGAUAGCGUGAAAUCUCAGCUCUCUUUGAAACUUGAUUUGAGCAUUUCAGUUUACCUCACUUUCAACGGAACUCUGUCUGUCCGCCACGUCCUCACUCUCAGAGACGCGUUGAAUGCAAGUGAAGCAAUACUCGCUGCUGUCCUGGUCCUGGUUCAGUCAAACCUCACCGGGGACAGGGUCCACACUCAGUCAACAAAGAGCAUAUUUAUUUAUCGCCGAGGUUUCUCAAGGCCUUUUACGUCCGUCUGUCUGUCUGUCUGUCCGUCCGUCCGUCUGUCUGACGUCUGUCUGUCUGUCUGUCUGUACAUACUAACUUACUUGAAUUUGCCACCACGCGCGUCCUGUUUGUACUAUAACUCAAGCAACGUUAACGACAUGGUGACAUUAGAGUAUACACGUCUGCAUGCAGGGUUAGGACUGAAAACAAAAGGAAAUUACAAAAGAAACUGAAGAUCUGUAUCGUUGAAGGGGGCAAAUGUUAUCUUAGUUCGUGCAGUAAAAAAAAUCCCAAGUUCCAGUUAGAAAAAGUCAAAAAUCAGGUCCUUACAGUGUUUUUUGUUUUUUAAAUAUGCCACGCGCGUGUGUGUGUAUGUGUGUGUGUGUGUGUGUUGGUACUGCAGUUGUUGUCUGACUCUGUAAGAUUAAGUAUCUGUGAAGUCUUCACAGAGUAAAGACCUCAGCAGAAAGUGAGGGUUUUACACGUAUUUGAAAAAUGCCAACAACUAAUGCGUCAAGUUCCCGUGGUAAACCUGUACAUAAUCUAGAGCUAGUCCCAUUUUUUAAGUGUUAAUCUGUACAGGCUAAUAGAGAAAAGGCAAAAGGGUUCACAUGAAUGACACGUGUAAGGAAACAGAGUUUCAAAACAUCUGAAAGUGAUGGAUGUCGAACAGAUAAAUCUAUUUCCUGUUUUCACCACGUGGGUUAAUGCUUCCCACUGAAGAUUGAUCUGGGUGUUUUUUAUUGUUGCUUAAACAGCGAAAUGACAGUUCCUCUUUCAAAGUAACAAAGUUCUUGCAUUUCGGCGAAACUAAAUGAGAGCAUUCAGAGUCAGAGUCUUCAGCUCCUCGACCUCUCGAAACAUUGUAAUCUGCAUCCCAAACGGCCUAAUCUGUGCAUGUCUGAACCCAUGUUAUUAUUCUAUGGCUGUGUGGUUGGUGCCUUGCCUUGUUAAAAAAAAAAAAGAAAUGCACAAUAAUUGUCAGUAUUGGACUUCAUGGGUUCUGUGGAACGAUGAAUUUAGCCACGUGUAGCAGUUGCUAAAAAUAACUAACGACGUGCUUAAACUGAGCGAACUGCGAGACGUGCUGUUAACAGAUUAUAUUCUGCCUUUGCUCAUGGUGUUCAUUUUGAUCUGUGUGUGUGUGUGUGUGUGUGUGUGUGUGUGGGGGGGGGGGAUAUCCAAGAUGGGUGGAUUUCUGUAGAACAAGGGAGGCAACACAGCACACGGUGCAGCCACACCAUCUGCUGGUUGUGGCUGGUAUUGCGCCGGACACCCACAGAGCUUAUGUUGGCAUAUUAUUGUAGUUUCUUCUUAAAAAUCCUCAAUAUGUUUACUUAAAAUAUGAAGAAAGCACACAAUGUCAUGGAUGGAAUGAUGAUGAUAUAUAGAUAUAAAUAUGUGUAUAUAUAUGUAUAUAUAUAUAUACAUAUGUACAUAUAUAUGUAUAUCUACAUAUAUAUGUACAUAUAAAUAAUUAGACAGUUUUUUUAAUUUAUAGAGGAGCGGGAAAAAGUGGGGCGGGAACAUUUUGAGUGCCUUUUGUGCACGGCAUCAUUUUUUAUUGUUCUUUUUUAUAUUUCCUUUUUUAACUUGCCAUGUGCUGUUGUUGGUUGUUAAAUUGCUUUGUUUAAAUCUUUACUUUGUACUGACCGCGUCGAGCGCAGACGUUCCAUUUCAUGAACUGCUCAUGUGAAGAAUAUACGAGUCACAUAAAAACUACUGUAUACACAAUCUACUGGUCAGGUUCAGUCGGGUCAUCUCAUAAUAUUUCUCCCCCUUUUUUUGUUUGUUGUUUUUCCCUCUGUGAACUAACUGCCUGUGCUGUGGUUGAGCUGUAUCUCCUGUCAUUUAUCUCCCCCCUCCACCUCCUCCUCCUCCUCCUCCUCCUCCUCCUCCUCCUCCUCCUCCUCUCAUUGACAGUGGCAGGACUGAUGGAAAGGUGGAUUCUCUGGCCGCUCUGAUGGUGCACUCUCCUUGUCCCCUACAUGUGAUGUUUCAUGGACCUUUUUCUUCUCUGGAAUGUAUGCUGUAACACUGUCUGUCUGCUAACACGAGAAGAUCUGAGGUCGAUGUUAUAUAGAAAUA